ACACAUGUUUGACAGACUGAACACAUGUUUGACAGACAGUGUCAAAAUCAUAUGGGUUAGUUUGAAUGGUGUUGUGCAGAAGGUGUAAUAAUAAUGCACUGUAAGGACUUUUAAUGGACAAUUAAAUGAAAUAAAUAUUCGAAAAUAUAAAACUUAAAAGUGUGGUUACACAAAAGCAGCAAUGCGAGUAAAUAAUAGACGAAGAAAUAAGAGAGCCAAAUCUGCCCGUGAAGCAGCUUGGAAAAGAAAAUACAAAAUGCGUCAUUUACUCACAAACUAUGCCACCGGCCAAUUGGAAAUCCAUGAAGGGUUAACAGAAGAUAUAGCGAAAAUAGGAAAUAUUAUUCGUUCUAGCUGGUGCAGAGCGUGGUUAGUUGAGCAUAAAAAACAGCUUGAAUUGAAUACCACUAGUCAAGUUUGGAUUCAAGAGACAUCACCAACAUUGUCUCCGUGUUCUCCGAUCCCAGAAUUAUCUUUCGAAAAUAAACCGCAAAUUGGGCAGACUUACUCAAAGAAAACACCUUAUGCGGUGAUUCCAAGUCGAGAAAGAUGUGACUUAACAGCCGAAACACACAUUAAAAUAGAAGAAGAAGACCUGGAGGAGAUACAUGAAGUGGAGAUUCACUUUGAUAGUGAUGAAAUUAACACAAUUUCUUAUGAAGAAAACAUGGAGCAAGAUCCUCUCGAAAUCAAUUGUAAACAAGAAGUAAAAAUCGAAGAAGUGAAGGACACGAGUGAAGAUUCUCAAGCCAGUUCAAGUGAAAAUUUCGGGAAAAAUGGAAAUCUCUUGUCUCUAUCAAAAUUUUUAAAGUCCAAACCAAAUAAAAAACUAACAAUCGAAGACUUGGAGCAGUUUUGUAAAGAAAAGAAAUGUAAAGUAAUUGUAUGUAAAAGUGAAACAACUUCCGUUAACAAUCAGUUAAAAAUACAACAACAAUUAAUCGAAACAAUGAGUAAAAAAAUUACACAAAUCACGAAACAAGUAAAUCAGUUGCAAGAGCAACAAACUACAGCCCAAGGGCCAUUUCGUUUGGAGAUUAAUGAAUCGAAUAAAACAACUUCUCAUUCAACCAUUGAGAAAAUAGGGGCUUGCAAUAUUUUGUUUCAUUCUCCAAUGUCAAAUCCAGCAGUUCUUCAACCUCCACCACGACCCAAAUUAAGUGUUACAAAAACAGGAACAUGUGUGACUCUCAAAUGGACAAUGCUGCAUUGUUAUAGUCUUGAUGCACCAAUUGCAAGUUAUCAAGUGUUUAGUUAUUUACUCACUAAUAAUAAAACACGCAAUCGGUGGCGAAAAGUGAAUGAAGUGAAAGCGGUUGGUCUUUCUAUGGGUUGUAUUUUUAUGAAUAUUGAUGAUGAGCUAGUACGUUAUUUUGUUGUACGAGCGGUUGAUAUUUAUAAAAGACGGGGGCGGUUUAGUAAUGAAGUAUCUAUAAAUACAAAAAAAUGUAACUAGAAUUUUAUAAAUCAGGGUUUUUUGUAAUUUUACGAGUUGCAUUUUACAGAUAUAGAGCUUGUAAAAUUGUUUUAUUGGUUUAUGUCUGUUAAGAGCAAUGUUACAUGCACAAAAAUACUCUCGUACAGUUGGAGACAAAAUACUUUGGUCGUCAAUGUCACUUGAGUGACAUUAAAUUGUAAAGCAUGAUUUAGGACUGUUAACCUUAUUUUUAGCUACUGUAAAUCAUAGUUGACAAG